UAAAACUGAAACAAAAUGUUAGCGAUCAAAGUUCAAAGCAAACUGUAACGUGCGUGCGCGUUCUCUUGCACAAACACCCCAUAUCACAAAAACCCGUAAAAAGGCGGUAGCGGCAAAACUAGGGUUUUAACGGUCUCUAAAGUCUCUAUCUAUCUCUAAAUUUUGGCCGGAAGUUCAAGUAUGGACUUACAGAAGGCGAAGAAGAGAUGCGUCGAUUGUUUAGAGCAACUUCAAUCCUUACCUCCUUCAAAGAUUUCUCUAACCUGUAAACGCAGCUUAUAUAAACUCAUAAUUUCGGAGCUCAAAUUUCUCAAUUCCCUUUCUCAGGACUUUUGUGGUCCUCUCAGUACUAACAUUGGCUACCUUGAGAGUAUUGUGUACAUUCUUCAGCAACCAUUUAUAAACAGCAUUACACGUGUAUGCAAAUCUGUGCCUCUGUCAUCAUUACAUGGGAAAAAAUUCAAGGCUAAUCCAAAAGGAGUCCAUAUUGAUAUAAUAUGCACUUAUCAUGGAAACCCAGUUUGGUUCAUCGUCUCAGACAGGAACCCAAAAUAUAUUUCAUGGGCAUAUUCUCAUAGGAGUAAGGGACUAAGAUCACGCUUGCAUUCGGUUAUUCAAGCAGCCAAUUCUUCACUGACAUUGCAGCCAGCCUUUGUUAUAUUUUUCUUUGCCAAUGGACUUGAUGAAGUUGUUCCUCAGAAGCUCAUUGAUGAAUAUAAAGCUCUUGAAAUUGGGAAAGAAUUUAAUCAUUUUGAGGUUAGUAUCUUUGAGGAAUUAGAAGAUGAAUGGGUAAAUAUCACUUUCAAUAGGAAGACAUUUGAUGGGGAUCUCAAGGAUUCUUCUAGACAAUAUCAAGGUGCUCGUGUAUUUCAGUUUGCAGUUAAUUGUCUUGAGAAGGACGAUGAGGGUCGUAGAGCAUGUGUUCAUUCUGAAUCAAGUGUGACAAUGUCAUCCUCACUGGGAAACACCAUGAUGGGUUUUCACAAAAAUUUGUUGGGGAAUGAUCCAGAGGUACUUGGGAAUGCUGCUUUCUGUUCUUUGAUUUCAACUAUGCAAUCCUCCUUACUUGAUGGCGAUGGUACUGAAAUGGGUGUUACCGUGGGAGAAAAUAUGAUUAAUUUUGAUACAACAGCUUUAAUUGCACUUGUGUCUGGAAUAAGUAGUGGUGGUAUCGAGCAGAUUUUGAAAGCUCCAGAGGACGACAUGAGAAAGCGCUUUAAGAGUAACUUCGCCUUUGUAAUGGCACAGGUAAAGUCUGAGAUUGAGAACCCAAUAUUAGAGGAAUUGGGAUGUUUAAUAUCAUGCAGAAAAGUUAUCAUAUGCGAAAGCGUUUGUUCUGAGUUCAAGGAGCUCAUUGCAAUGUGUGGAGGACCGGGUGAGAAAAUGAGAGCAGAUCGCUUGCUGCAAUGCCUAGUGGUCAUCAAGGACAAUCCAUCUGCCCGUGUGGUGGGUCUUCCAACCACUAGAAAGAUAGGCCUGAAGAACAAGAUCAUUUUUGGCACUGGAGACCAAUGGCGUGCCCCAACUUUAACUGCAAACAUGGGAUUUGUAAGAGCUGUAUUCCAAACAGGUAUGUCCUUGAUGACUCUUGAACAUAGACCGCGUGCCUUGACAGGCCAAUAGGGCUUUUGGAUAAAGUAUAAUUUUGGCGAUAUAUGAAUAAAUAUGAGAUUGAAUAUUCCGAGACUGUUACCUUUGGUACAAAAUAGGUCCCUACAUCUAGUCGUCAGAUGUGAAAUCAGGCUGUUGGGAGUGUCAUUUUGCCGCUCAAAAUCCAAGAAAAUUUUUAUUGGAUGUUGAACACAGUUAAUGGCACCACUUCCAGCUGCCCAAUUUUAGUCUGAUGACUUGGGGUGAUUGUCAUCGUUUUGUACCAAAGAUAAAUGGUUUUAUUGCAUACUUGAUAGAUGUACGCCUGGCAAGUGCCAUUUAUGAGUUCUCAUCCUGUAUUGUCUUGGGUUCAUUUGGCGAAAUCAAUCUGUGGACAUGUGAGAAUUGGUGAUAUCUCAGUGUUGUCUAACAAUUACCUUGAAACUCUAUUGUCUUUGCGAAGCAAAAUGUUAUGUAGUGCAUCUUGGUGUGUGUCUA